CAAUGCAAGGCGUUAUGGGUUCAGCCACACUACUUGCAAGCGCCGCGUAGAACCGUAGUCAAAUCUGAAUUCGUGCCUUGCACAUUUUAUUCACCUGUGCGACUUGAUUGCUGUCCUUGAGAGAACAGGUACUUCCGAGACGAUGGGAAAAUUCACACCAGCCCCUCCUACCGCGAACGAGGAGACAGAUGUUGCGACGUUGGUCGCAGUUUCGGACGGUGGCCUAACAGUCGAUGCCGCGCUCUCCCUGCUUCGGAGGCACGAUGGCGAUGUGGAAAAGGCAGGAGCAGCUAUGCUGGAGAGUGAUGCAAUGACUCGCUCGGUGCCGAUGGACGUAUCUCAAGAAGCAGGGACCUCUGCCCCAAUGCCAACGACGUCACCCACUUCGAAGGCUGAAGAAAAGCCGCCUGUGAUAGAUCUCACUGCUGAGGAUGAGGAUAAGGAGCUUUCGCGCGCACUCCGGGCGUCGUUGGAGGACCAAGGCCCCAAGUUUGGUCCCAGUAAUAGAGCGCCGAAUGACAGCUGGGCUAUGGUGCCGUCCAAUGUGGCAAUCAGCACCGUCAGCGUGCCGCAUGAUGACCAGUCUCUCAGUCGCGCGAUUGAAGCAAGCCUGACCGCAAAUGUCGAAGAGGAGAUGUUUGUGGAGCUGCCACUGGAAGAGCGUGUGCGCAAGGACGGCAGGCCCAUUGCACUUCGCCCUACACUCCCCUCGCUGAACUACGCCGCACUCAUCCUCCAAGGAUUGUUCUUUGUACCCCAAGUCCGCCAGGCUGUCGCGCGGUGGCGACCUUUGCCUGACACUCCAGAAGAAGGCGACAAUGUGAAAGCAUUCAGUCACCCAGGGAGCGAUGCAGCGGCAACGACGUGGUCCCUCAUGGAAAUCUUCGCAAACAUGGAUCUCGCCCUGAUGGGCGAAUUGAGCGUAGACGCUGUUCUUGAAGCGUUAUCCGCAGAACAGUGGAGCAGUCCCUUAGAACGCCCCGGCGACGUGUCUUUCAUAUUUUACUGUUCACUGGCAUGGCAUAUUGAGCUCGUUCUGCACGACGACGUCCCCACUAACUCGGCACCGUCGUGGCCUAGACUGUUCCAUUUUCGCCACGGCUUCAGUGACGAUGACCUCUCAAACACACCGUUUGACCGCAGGAUAGAUCCGUCUGCUGUAAAGGUCACCGUCGGAGGAUCAGAGGAGUCAAACGAUCUGAUGUCGUGCCUGGCAAUCGAGCUCGGUCUCUCGGGUGAUGAUACCAAGCAGCAGGUCAUUUUUGAGCCGUCCGAAGUGGUCGCGUUUCAGAUCCUCCGAGAUAUUGACCCACCCUCGUAUGAGGCUUCCCUGGGUGCUGGACCACGGCCUGAGCGUACGACGUUCGUCUAUCCGAAACAUGUAUAUCUGGACCAGUUCAUGAAAAACAACUACCCAAUUGCGAUUGAGAAGAGAAGAAAGCAGCGCGAGCUUUUGGCCGAGGUCGAACAGCUUCUUGCCAAGAGAGCGUCAUUGACGCGGCAUAACAAUAGAGAUACACUGGCUGAUUUGCGAUCCUCGCUUCAUUAUUACGAGCAUGUAGCCGAGGACGAUGACAGCGCGGAGCGCAAGGCCAUGAUCCAUGACACUGCGCUCAAACUUCGUAAGAUCCUCGCCCGCAUUGAGAAUGAAUUACAAACUAUUGAUGCGACCGUUGCAAGGCUAAAGCUGGAGGCUGCCAACAUCUUUGAUUGUCCGGAGCUGAGGCAACAUAGAUACGAUUUGCGGGUGGUCCUCGUCCAUGACGGUUUAUACGGCCGCAAUCAUCUCUAUUCCUAUGUAAAGCAUAAGAAUGCGUGGUGGAAAACGGUCGAUUAUGCUGUCACCGAAGUCUCAGAAGACACUGUUCUCAAUGAUUCAAUCGGUCUACACCUCGGAACCGGGCCUUACUUCCUAAUCUACAGCCUUGCACUUUCCGCAGAGGUCGAGAACACGCUAGCUCCAUGGCCUGAAGCUGUCAAGAAUUCUGUCAAACACAACAAUCGUCUGUUCUUAUCUGAACUACCUUCAGAUGUUGCCGAGCAAGUUCUUGAUCCAAAUUCCCCGCCUAGUUCGCCGACUCCCUCGGAGUUUACGAUGUCCUCGAGUAUAGUUGAGCCUCCUCAAUCAAGAGAGGAGCCGAUGGAUCUAGUAGAGGACGAGCAAUAA